ACUGUUUUCCUCUCAUGGCGUCGAUGCAACAUUUUGAAACCCUAGAAAUGCAAGCCAAGAAACUCGUUGGCGAUGAACCAGUACAUCUGAUAAAUCUCCUAUACGACCUCUCCUCCUCUGACAACACCGUUCGCUCCAACGCCGAAUCGGUCUACAACUGCUGCAAGAGAGAGUACCCGUACUCUCUCUCUAUAGGACUCGCUUACCUCCUCAGGGGCAGCACUAUGCCAGAGACUCGGACCAUGUCGGCUCUCCUACUCCGCCAACUUCUCACUCGCUUCCGUUGGCCUCAAAUCCAGUCUCAGAUCCAAGACACUUUGAAAUCAAUCUGCAUUGAAUGUCUCGAAACUGAAACUUCACCGGAAGUUUCCAAGAAUCUGUGUAAUUUGGUCUCUGAUAUCGCGAAGAACCUUUUACCGAGAUUUGAAUGGCCCGAGCUUCAAUCGUUUAUGCUCACAUCUCUAUCGUCUGGUUUAUCUCAUGUUCGCGAAUUGGGGCUUUUGUUGUUCAUUGAAUUGAUACCACAUUAUGCUGAAAUAUUCAGUCCUCAUGUGGAUACUAUACAUGCUGCAUUUGUGAGUUUUAUGGAACAGUCUUUGGAGGAUUUGCCUUUGGGAGUUGGGGCAGUCAAGGCUUCGGUGAAAUUGGUUCUACAUUUUCCAAUACGUCAAACCAUGAAAAGUUUCAGGACCUUUUGGACUGUGUGUUCAGAACUAUGUCCGAGAUUGUGUUAGAAAAGGUAGAUGAGAUGUAUGCACAGAAGGUGCUUGAGGAAAUGAUUGAGCUGGCAGGGACGAAAACGGGUUUCUUGAGGCAGCGAAUUGAGACUUUGGUUGAUUUUAUGAUCUUGGUUGCUGAGCAAGAUCAGGUCUUUGAAGAGAAGACAAGGCAUCUUGCCGUUGAAUUCAUAAUCACGGUCGCGGAAGAUAGAGAGCAAGGAUGCCUUAUGAUUCAAAAUUUGCCUCAGAGUAUAAAUAAGUUGCUUGGUCUCUUCAUGAACAUGCUAUUGUUUAUUGAGGAUGACCCGUCAUGGAGCGAAGCAAGCAGUGAUGACAAGAAUGCAGGGGAAACAGACAUGUACUGCUAUGGAAUGGGGUGCUUAGGUAGAUUCGCUGUCGCAUUGCGUGGUAAUGCAAUUUCAUCCAAUUUCCCAGACUUGUUCCCAUCAUUCUUGGAUGAUUCAGAAUGGACAAAGCGCCAUGCAGGGGUAACUGCCCUCGGCCUAAUUGCAGAAGGAUGCUCAAAGGUAAUAAAACAAAAUAGUUUGAGCCUGUUUGUGGAAAAAGUUUUGCUUCUCUUCCAAGACUCUCACCCUCGUGUGCGUUGGGCGGCUAUCAAUGCAAUUGGGCAUUUGUCUAACCAUUUAGGCCCCCAGUUGCAAGAGAAGUUUCAUCAACGGUUGAUCCCUGCACUAAUAGCAGCCAUGGAUGAUUUUCAGAAUCCCAGAGUACAGGCACAUGCUGCUUCAACAAUGCUAUUAUUCAGCCAGAGUUGCACUUCAAAUAUCUUGAAACCUUACCUGAAGGGAAUCUUAAGGAAAUUGCUUGAUCUCCUACAGAAAGAAAAGCGGAUGUUGAAGGAUGGGGCUUUAACAACUAUAGCCUCGAUAGCUAAUUCAUCGAUGGAGUAUUUUCGGGAGUACUAUAGUAAUGUCAUGCCUUACCUGAAAGUUAUAUGGGAAAGUGGGUUAGACAUACCUAAUGAUCACAUACUUGUUGCCAAAUCCGUGGAGUGUGUUACUAUGAUUGGAAUGGCUGUUGGAAAGGAAAUGUUCGGCAGCGAUGCUGAAGAGGUUGUGAACAUGCUUAUCUUCUUACAAAAACAUGAUUCAGAGCCUGGUGAUCCAAUGAGAAUUCAUUUGUUACAAGCAUGGAGCAGACUCUGCAAAUGCUUAGGGCAGGAGUUUCUUCCUUAUCUGAGUGUUUCCAUGCCUCAUUUGCUUCAAUCUGCUCAACUCAAGUGUUAUAGACUUAUUACCAAUCCUGAUAAUAAUGAUGAAUCAGAUGAUGAAAGUAUGGAGGAAGUGGCUUUUGGGAGUGGAGGGUUUGGAAUCAAUAUUAAUGUCCUAGAGGAGAAGGCAUUGGCUUGUAAUGUGCUCUGUUGCUAUGCUGCUGAGUUGAAAGGAGCAUUACAUUUGUGGAUUGAUGAGGUUGCAAAAACUUUAGUUCCACUUCUCAAAUUUAGUUUCCAUGACAAAGUUAGAACAGCUGCUGUUUCAGCCAUGCCACUGAUCUUGCAUUCAGUCAUAGCCGCUAUGAACAGGGGGCUUUAUCUUCCAGGGUUUAAAGAAUCCCCUAUCAAAAUAUUAUCUCGCACCAUCAUACAAGCUCUAGUUGAAGCUCUACAUGAGGAAUCCAGGACAAAAAUUCGCACAAGAAUUUUGGACUCAUUGAAUAAAUGCAUGCAGAUUUCUGGAUCUCUUCUGGAAAAAAGCCAGCUUACAUACUUCACUGAUGUAAUAAUAGAGGUUCUCACAGCUUGCUCAUUUAAGAUAACUGAAAGAGUCAAAGAAGAGGAUGUAGAUGCAGCACUGGAGUUGCUUGAAGAGGAAAUUAUAGAAGAAGAGAAAGCUUUUAACAUGAUUGAAGAUUGCUUGGGCACUUUAAUCAAAACAUCUAAAGCUUCAUUCUUGACUCUUUCUAACAAUCUUUUUCCAUGUCUAAAACUCAUGUGGGGUAAUGAUAGAACACUUAAAGAGAGAACGAUUGCUUUACGGGUUCUUUAUGAUGUAGCAGAGCAAUGCCGAGAAGAAGCUUUCAGGUAUUAUGGGACAUGUCUUCCUUUUCUAAAUAAAGCUUGCAAUGAUGAGAACCCAGAAGUUCGACAGGUAGUUGCUCGUGGAAUCAGUAUUUGUGCCGAAUUUGGUGGAUCUGUCUUUAAACCUCAUGUUGAUGAGGCUCUUUCUAAUCUCAAAGCAGUGAUGGAGCAUCCUAAUGCCCUACAACCUGAUAAUAUAAUGACCUAUGAAGUUGCUGUUUCUGCUUUUGGACAAAUAUGCCAUCUCCAUUGCGACAGCAUUGGUUCAUAUGAGGUUGUCUCUUUUUGGCUAAGCCACUUGCCAUUAAGAAAUAAUUUAAAUGAGGCCAAGCUUGUGCAUGAUCAGCUCUGCUCAAUGAUCGAAACGUCUGAGGAAAAUAUUUUUGGUCCCGGAGAUGUUAAUCUUCCUAAGAUCAUUGCAGUGCUUUCAGAGGUUCUAUGGGCAGGUGACAAUUUAGCAACGGCACAGACUAUCUACAGAAUGAUUAAACUACUGAAGCAAUUUCAGCAGAAAUUACAGCCCUCAACCUUGGCAUCAUUGCCUCUACAUCACCAAAAUCUGAUUGAAUCUAUACUAUAAACUUAGUUCCUUGAAACCUCUUAUCAGUUGUCACCAUUCUUUCCCUGAGUGUAUCUUUCAGUCAACACAAACUAUAAGCAAAUUGUACAUCACCUAUUCUUUUCCACUGUAUAUAUACAUUUUUUUCCCUAA